AUGGCUGGUCCUCGUGUUCGUCGCAAUUUUCGGGACCUCCAAGAUGAAUAUGACAAAGGUAACAAGAAGCCCUUGGAGACCCUGAUCCGCGCCUUUAAAGGGAUCCAAGAGCUCCCUCCCCAUGAUCAAAAUUCCUUCUUCUACCUUGCUGGCUUGCACGGGGAGCCCUUCCGCGGUGCCGGCUGGGGAAACGCCAGCUGGUGGGGAGGAUACUGCAAUCAUGGUAAUGUCUUGUUUCCUACGUGGCAUCGGGCCUAUUGUUUCGCCCUUGAAUCGGCUCUUCAAAGCAUCCCUGGCUGCGAGGAUGUCACUUUGCCCUACUGGAACGAGAUCGAAGAAAAUACCCUGGAACGCGGGAUUCCUGAGACCUUCCUUAAAAAGAAAUGGACACUUGAGGAUGGUGGCGUGAUCGAUAACCCACUGUACUCCUACAAGUUCCAACAGAAAAUUACGGAUAAUCUGAAUCCGUUCCCUGAUGCGGAUUAUAGCAAAGGCUAUGGGUAUAAGACCUGCCGCUACCCUUACUCUGGUCUCGUUGGGCCUGCAGAUAUAAAGAAAACCGAGGAACACAACGCAAAGAUUAACGCGUUGGGGCAUGAUAAGGUUGAUAAAAUUCUCAACGAGAACGUACAAUCCUGGCUCCUUCACACAGAUGUUGACGGUGUGAAGGGGAGAGGUGGUGUUCUUCAGAAAUACUUCAAUUGCUUGAAGGCUCCAAACUAUACAGUUUUCUCAAACACGACUUCCGCCACUCAGUGGAACGAGGACCACUUUAAUGAAGGCUUACCUGCGCCGGCUACUGUUUCUCCGCAUGUGGUUCCCCUCGAGAGUCCUCAUAACGAUAUCCAUCUCGCCGUCGGCGGAUAUGAGAUCGGCGACGCCAAUUUUGACGGGGAAUACCCCGGUGCCAAUGGCGACAUGGGUGAGAAUGACACGGCGGGAUUUGAUCCCAUCUUUUAUUUCCAUCACUGCUUUAUCGAUGCCAUGUUUUGGGAGUGGCAGAAGAAGCAUGGGAAAGGAAAGCAGCUCAAUAUCAUCCCUCAGUAUCCCGGGACCAACAGCGUUGACAAUCAAGGUCCCACGCCGGGAACACCUGGGGGUGCGUGGUUGACCUUGGAUACGCCGUUAGACCCAUUCAAGCUUCCUGGCACAAACAAGUCCAUGACAUCGAAGGAUGUGAUCGACACCGAGACCCAACUUGGCUACACUUACUCACCUAUUAAAGGUAUUUCCCACAAGCUUGCCGAUGCACCGCCUACAGCCUAUGUAGCGCGUAUCUCAGGUGUCAACCGCGGAAUUAUUCCCGGCUCAUUCAUACUGUCAACCUGGACGACUGAAAACGGUAAAGAAAGACUGAUUGGUUUCCAUUCUACGCUCAGUAGAUGGCAUGUGCAGGGCUGCGCGAAUUGCCAGAGUCAUCUGCUUGUCACAGCGUUUGUGCCGCUGUAUGGACUGAGCAAGGACCAAGCAAGUAAGGUAAAGGUCAAAUUGCACACGAGAGAUAAUCGCAAGGGAAGCACAGGUCUGAAGGGACAGAAACCGAUUCACCAUGUUGUGGGCCAUCUUUUAUGA